AUACAAGUUGGCUUACGGCACGGCUGCAGUAUUGGUCAAGAUUUUUUCGGAUUUGAGGUGUAUUCACAAUCCCGCCCGCGCCGUUGUCAUGGCUACACGCACUUUGUUACUUGGUCUCGUCUCGGGGCUGCUUCUUGCCCUGAUUUUGCCGCAGAUAGUACCCACAACCUUACUUCUACCGGUAUCUGAGUCGAUGGCGCAAGUUCUGAGGAAUAGCGUGCGCGCUGCCAGGCUUCGCGCCGGUCUUGGUGGGGCAUUCAAAAGCUCGUGGCUGCCGCUCCACUUGACGACAUCCUCAUCACUUCAAUCUUCAAAUCUUCAAUCCUCUUCUCAAUCUCAAUUCUCAACUUCACAGCCCAUCAUGUCUACCCAAAAGUCCUUCAUCGACGCCGUCAAGGAGCGUCGCACCUACUAUCAGCUGAACAAGGAAUCUCCCAUCUCGGACAAGCAGAUUACCGAGAUCGCCGAGAAGGCCAUCCUCCAUGUCCCUUCAUCUUUCAACUCCCAGAGCACAAGGCUCGUGGUUCUCCUGAACAAGGACCACGACCAAUUCUGGGACUAUGUUCUCGAGGUCCUCAAGCCAAUGGUCCCUGAAGAUCAAUUCUCAGGAACCCAACAGAAGAUAGGUGGAUUCAAGGCUGCCUAUGGAACUGUACUGUGCUACGAAGAUCCCGAGCCUGUUGAGAACCUCCGCAAGGCUUUCCCUCUCUAUGCACAUCACUUUGGGGACUGGUCCGAGCACACCAACGCCAUGCACCAGUAUGCUCUGUGGGUUGCCCUCGAGGCCGAGGGCUUCGGCGCCAACCUCCAGCACUACAACCCCAUCAUCGACCAGAAGGCUGCCGAGCAUUGGAAGAUCCCUCUUGAGUGGAAGCUCAGGGGCCAGUUGGUCUUCGGUGGACGCGCGGGUCAGCCUGGUGAGAAGGAGUUCCAGGAUGUACAGGGCAAGAGGCUCUUUGUUCACGGAGCCAAGGAGUAGAGCCGGACUCUUGUAGUGAAAUUAAAUCUGCCUUGACGUUUUCUGAA